AUGCAAACAACAAAAAACAAAAAGAAAAUUUGUUAAAUCCACAAAUUAAAGAUUAUAGCAGUCGAUUUGAAAUCCUAAACUGGGAUUGAUGAACAAUACUUAUGCGCAAGGUGCUUAACAGAAAAAGUUGAUAAUAAAAAUAUAAAAUUGCUCAAUGAUGCAACAGAAAUGAUUUAAAGCAUGAGAACACAAUCCUAAAAUGUUGAGAAGGAAGAAAAUUUACUAAGACUUAAUAUUUUUAAAUAAUUAUAAUCAUCUAUAAAGUCAUUUAAAAAUUACAUAAAGACAGAACUUGGAAAAAUGCAUAAUUUGAUUGAUCAAUAAAUAGAUUAGAUCCAAAAUGUAAUAGAAUCAAAGGAAAUAAAACAAGAAACUCAAAAUUAUGAUGAAGAUAUUUAAAUUCUUACAAAAAAUUAUAUCGGAAACUUUAGUUGUAAAAUACCAACAGAAACAACAUAAAGAGAUAAAGACUUGGCAUUUGUAUAAUUAAUCUAAGAUGCGCUUUAAUCUUUAUAACAAUCGUGGUAUUUUAGCUAGAUUAUUGAAUUAAUAGAUUAGAUUAAAUCCAAUAAACCAAUCAUCUAAUAAAUGAAUUUCACUAACAUACCUGCAGUUGAAUAACAUGUAAGAUGCAUUCUUUAAUUAGAAAACCCCUUGCCUCAAUUAUCUAUGCAAUAGACAUAAUAAGGAAAUAAUUAUGCUGAAUCUUAAAUAAAAAGAGCCAGAAUUUAGUAGGCUAGCGUGUGUAGAAUGUAUUGAAGAAAAUCCAAUCUAAUAUGUCAGUUUAAAAGAAGCAAAUAAAAUAUGGAAUUAAAUGAUGGUACAAUAAGAGGACUUAAUUUCUAAACACAAUUUACAAAGGAAAAUAAAAUUCAAUAUAGCUAUCUAAGAAAUCAAGCAAUUAAAAGACUAACUUAACGCUUAAUUAUAAUAAAUGUUGAUCUCAAUUGAUGAACAGUUAAUUAAGAAUAAAUAAGACAUUAAAGAUGUUAUUAAAUCAGAGAAUAAAUAAAUAUUUGAGUUCGAUGAAGAAUAAGUUGAAAAAAUGAUAGAGUUAUUAAGUUAAAACGAUUCAAAUAAACAUAUUUUUGAGUAAAAAGUGAGACAAGAUAAUCUUGAUUAUUUAUUUUAUCAGAAAUUAGAAUAAGAAUUAGCGAAUAUAAUAAAUUAUGAUUUGUUUUAGAAAUAAUAGCUAGUAAAAAUUUUCGAAGUAGAAUUAGGUAUUAAUUUCUAUUAUCAAAUUAAGAUACCGUAGAUAUAAUAAACAACAUAUCACCGANUUUAAUUACCAAAAUUUACUUCUAUUUGCUUUAUAAAAUUACUCUGAACCCCAUUUUAUGUUUCUAGAACAAAUGA